CGCGCCUUCGACCCGUACGCACGGCGCUCGUCCCGUGCUUUCGACAUCGCGAUUUAAAAUAAAAUAAAACGUGUUUUAGUGCUAAGUGCUAUGUAGUGUCAAUGUGAAUGCUAAGUGCUAGUGCUUUUCACCGAACAGUACAAAAUUAAACCUUCCCUCAGACUGGGACGAGAUGUCUCCUAAGCCGAAGCGACUGCCUGUCUGACCUUCUAACCCGCGAAGGGAAAACCAACCCAAUACAGAACAGCAAGACGUCAGGAGACGAUCAAGAAAAUAACCGUAUUUAGACACCGACACGCAACGGUUCAUUACAAUACAUCAGAGAGAAUUAAUGGGCUGCCAUUAAAAACGACCAGUCACGCUUGCACUGCCUCCGCAAUGACAACUAAAUAAAAAAAAAAUGUGAAAAAAAUGACGUGAAAAAAUAAAAAAAUAAUAACCGAAAAUGUUCGCCAAAUCGCACCGGUUUUGGGACAGAAGAAAGAGGAAAACUUCGCGAUGACAUUUCACCGGUUAAACGAUACGAUAAAAUAAUUCGGUAACGGUAAAACGCUUAGUAUAGAGCUUUUUUGUGUGUCGCCGGUCGUAGGUUAUACGGUUUUAUUUAUUUGCGCUUUUCUUUUCGGUAUAAUAACUUUAGUUUCUCACCGAUUUUCGUCCAAGAGCAAUAUUAGGUAAGGCCUUCAUAGCACGCGUUCGUAAAAAUAAUUUAAUAUUGACGCUUAUUUUUUUUUGUAAAUAACAUUUUUGAAAUUUCUCGUGUAAAAUUCGUCAUUUAAAUAUUCGGUAGAUUUUGUAUAGUUAAAAGUAACCUUCAGUCAAAUAAUGCGAUGCUUUCUGUAGUUACAGCGAAUAGUUCGGGAAAACGGGUAUUAAAACGUAACUCUGUAAAAAGCGUCUUCUGUAAAAAAGUAAUAGGAUAAUUAAAAAAAUAAAAUAUCUAAAAGAUUUGUAUUGAAAAAUAUAAUUCCGUUCCUAUAGGCAAUAUGUUUUUCAAUAAUUUAAACCGCGAUCAAAUGUUUUCGUAUUCGUAAUACGGGGCCAAAUAAAAUAUUUUCAAUUCCGAUUUUUUUAUAAAAAAAGUAGUUAGUUUCAAUUCUAAAUUUAAAAACCGGUUGCGUCAUUGCUAAAACCAAGAUGGUGACAAAUGUGACCGCUUUGGUGGCUCGGUCGACGAUGAGCGCCAACUUCAACGGUACGAAUACGACUCUGGGACUAAAUUCGACCUUUAUAGUCCCAACCUACAUGAGCCAAGAGGAAUUCCUCGCGCUGCAGAUGGGAAACGUUUCCGACGCAAACUCGACGUCGAACGAAACGGUCCCCGUGGUGCUGAAGACUUGGUAUCCAAGCGGAUACUCACCAGCUCACAUAAUAAUAGCAUCAGUGGUUGUGACAGUGUUAAUGAUUAUGGUUGUCGUUGGCAACAUGUUAGUUAUAAUCGCAAUAGUGACAGAGAAAGCUUUGAAGAACAUACAGAAUUGGUUCAUUGCGUCUUUGGCUGUGUCGGAUUUUUUUCUUGGACUUGUGAUAAUGCCGUUCUCAUUGGCUAACGAGCUGAUGGGGUACUGGAUCUUCGGGUUUUGGUGGUGUGAGAUACAUUCCGCAAUGGAUGUGCUGUUGUGUACCGCGUCCAUUAUGAAUUUGUGUCUUAUAUCGCUGGAUCGCUACUGGAGUAUCACGCAGGCCGUGGACUACCUAAAGAAGCGAACGCCUGCGCGUGCGGCGCUCAUGAUAGCGGCGGUGUGGCUGAUGAGCGCGUUAGUUUGUAUACCCCCCCUGCUGGGCUGGCGAGUCAGCAGGCCGCCGGAGCAGUUUCCACAGUGCAAGGUCUCCGAGGACAUUGGCUACGUGCUGUACUCUUCUCUGGGCAGCUUCUUCAUUCCGUCAUGCAUCAUGGUGUUCGUCUACAUCAGGAUAUACUACGCCGCCAAGGCAAGAGCGAGAAGGGGGAUCAGGAAAAACCCAAGGCCUAGACCUAAUGAACAGCAGACCAGUUUUAGCAAUCCCCCUAAGGGCACAAGACCUAUGCCUGCCACCCCUACAAUACCCAUGCCUGCUGGCAAUGACAGCAAUAGUUCUAUAAGGGACAACCCCAUAUCGACUAUAGAGGCGCAACAAGUGAUACCCACAGUCACUUGUGACCUUGCCUCGGACAUAUCGACCAGUGAAGCGGGAGACACCAUGCCUCCACCCAUGGAAGAGAGGAAAGACCACCUUAAGGUAGUAACAACAGCACAAGUCCAAAGAAACCUUCUGUCGACGUGUCCAUUGAGAAACUCAACGUUAUCCGUCAACGGAGAGUUGGAUGGACGGGGACGAGCGCCCAGUGUCGCUAUUGACACAGACAUGGUCUCCGAGAUGGAACCAUCAUCGUCAGACUCAGGAGUAGUCAGUCGUUGUGCCGUCGUCAAACCCUUAAAGCUAAGAAUCUUCAAGAAAACAGAGAACAGAAGACCAGAAAAGACUAAGCCCAGUAAAGCAGAACUCGAGCCUGCCUUACCAAAACAACAUAAGCCUAGAGACCCUGAAAGAGAAAAGAGGAGACUAGCAAGAAAGAAAGAGAAGAGAGCUACUUUAAUAUUAGGUUUAAUUAUGGGCAGUUUUAUCGCGUGUUGGCUGCCAUUUUUCUUUCUCUACGUCUUAUCAGCGGCGUGCAGAGCGUGCGUUAUACCAGCGAGCGCGUUCGCUAUCGCCUUCUGGCUUGGGUACAUGAACUCUGUCCUUAAUCCUGUAAUAUAUACAAUAUUUAACAAGGACUUCAGAAGAGCGUUCAGAAGGAUACUGUUCAAGUGAUGUUUAGCUUACCUGUGCUGUUAUCGAUGUGUCGCCAACAGGAUCAUGUUGGCUCAACAGAGAGCAGCACCAGGUCUUUACAAUGUACGUUAAUUCCACUUCUCAUUGGACUGCAUAAUUGUGCUUAUUGCGAUAAAUAGUACCUACAGUUACACGCUCCAUCUUUGGUUGGACAAUUUUGAGUGGCGUUAUAAUAUUAAGAUAUGCAUUAAUACAAUGAUAUGAUGACGAGAAAAAGUACGUAUAUUCUCUACUCUUUUCGUCCGCGAUGAUAUAGAUUUCUUCUGUACUGGCAACACUAAUUGUUAUCAGCCUAUACCCUAGCCUAGUUAUUGUUACAUGCCGUUGCGAAUGUUGCCACAUAAUAAAACUCGAUUACAAAUAAAACCUAAUUGAUAAAAAUAAUUGGAAUUAUAUAAAAGGAAUUGUAAAAAAUAAAUCACGUUACUCAAUUUUGUUGAGCCAAAGACGGAAAUAAUUCUAGUAGUGCGAUUCAAAAUUCGAUAUACAUAGUACGAGUUACGAGUAAAACUAACCAUUUUAAAAUCUUAGGCCAGCUUGUUCAUAUUUUUAUGCUUUUUGUAGAAUGAAUAGCAAAUCACUUCAUGAAAACUAAAUUGUAAAAUGGAAAAGUAAAAUUUAAUUCGAAUUGCAAAUGCAAAUUUAAAUUACAAUACAAAAAAAAUUCAUGUUAUGACUAAGUACUCAAAAAUUACAACAACACAUUUGAACAUUUUGGUGAAGUAAAAUAUGAAAUAAAUGGAUUCCAUGUAACAAAUAACAAUUUAAAUAUUUAAAAAUACCAAUUAA